AUGGAUCUCCUCCACAGCAAUGGAGUGCUUAUCAUUCAGCAUUUACAGAGGGACUACAGGGCUUACCAGGAUUUCCUUAAUUUUAUGUCACAUGUUGGUGAUCCUCGGAAUAUAUUUUCAAUUUAUUUUCCUCUUUGGUUUCAGCUCAACCAAGUGGUUGGUACUAAAAUGAUAUGGGUGGCUGUCAUUGGUGACUGGUUCAACCUCAUAUUUAAAUGGAUUUUAUUCGGCCAUCGCCCUUACUGGUGGGUGCAAGAAACAAUGAUUUAUCCUAAUCAGUCAAGCCCAUGCCUUGAACAGUUUCCUAUAACAUGUGAAACUGGACCAGGAAGCCCAUCUGGACAUGCAAUGGGAUCAUCCUGUGUUUGGUACGUAAUGGUCACAGCAGCACUUAGCUACACAGUUAGAUGGAAAGAUAAAUCAGCUGUUACUCUUCACAGACUAACAUGGUCAUUCCUCUGGAGUAUUUUUUGGAUUAUCCAGAUCAGUGUGUGCAUCUCAAGAGUAUUUAUAGCAACACAUUUCCCUCAUCAAGUUGUUCUUGGAGUAUUUGCUGGCAUUCUUGUGGCAGAAGCGUUUGAGCAUACCCCUGCUAUUCAGACAGCAAGCUUGAGAAUGUACAUCAAGACAAACUUGUUUCUUUUCCUUUUUGCCCUUGGCUUUUAUCUGUCCCUCAAGCUUCUUGAUAUUGACUUGCUAUGGUCUGUUCCAAAGGCUAAGAAGUGGUGUGCCAACCCAGACUGGAUAAACAUUGACACAACUCCAUUUGCUGGACUGGUGAGGAAUUUAGGUGCACUCUUUGGUUUAGGUCUUGGAAUCAAUUCUGAAAUGUUCAUCACGAGCUGCAAAGGUAAAAAUAGCUGCAAGAUAAGUUUCCGCAUAUUGUGUAUAGCUGCUUCUUUAGCUACCCUGCAGCUGUAUAAUUUUGUUAAGAUACCUACUCAUACUGAGUAUUUGUUCUACAUUCUCUCUUUUUGCAAGAGCGCAGCUAUGCCUCUCACUGUAGUUGCCUUGGUUCCAUACUGUGUCCACUCGUUAAUGAGGACAACCGAAAAAAAACUUAAUUAG